UGUGUGGCAUUUGUGUGGCGGGUGUUAUAAUAUAGCUGCUGCCUUGGAAGUUGGAAGGGGUCGAGUAUGUUCUGUGAGAAAGCCAUAGAGCUGAUCCGGGAGCUGCAGCGUGCUUCAGACGGACAGUUGCCUGCGUUUAACGAGGAUGGAAUCAGACAGGUCCUGGAAGAGAUGAAGGCUUUGUAUGAGCAGAACCAAGCAGAUGUCAAUGAAGCAAAGACAGAAAGCCGCAGUGAAUUGAUACCAACAAUUAAAUUCCGCCAUUGCUCUCUUCUACGAAAUCGGCGGUGCAUUGUUGCUUAUCUAUAUGACCGGAUGCUGCGGAUCCGUGCUCUGCGAUGGGAGUAUGGCAGUGUGCUGCCCAAUGCUUUGAGGUUCCAUAUGUCUGCAGAAGAGACAGACUGGUUUAAUCAAUACAAAAAAUCAUUGGCUACAUACAUGAGGUCUCUGGGAGGUGAAGACGGACUAGACAUUACACAAGAUAUGAAGCCUCCGAAAAGCCUGUACAUUGAGGUGCGCUGUUUGAGAGAUUACGGUGAAUUUGAGAUUGAUGAUGGCACAACUAUCCUUCUGAAGAAAAACAGCCAAGAUUGUGGCCAGGUUCUCUCCAUACAUUGAGGAGGACAAUGAGAUGGAAGGAGGUAUCUCCCAGGGAAAGAGAACCAUCUCACUCGUGCCACAUUUUGGAAUUGGCUCCCUAUAAGGGCUCAUGUACACGAACGUUUAUUGGCCGUUGGCGCACCAUAUCAUGGAUGAGGACUCAUUCACUUAAAUGGGUCCGCAAUCUGGAAGAUGCAUAGCGGAAGGUGACCGAAGCACUAAGGAGUGUCUCCACACCGCAAAAAAUAGAACAUGCUCUAUGUUUUUGUGGUGCGGACGGAUCAAAGAACCAUUCAAGUUGAAUGAGUCUGCAUCUGACAGUGCCCAUCUCUUGGUGACAUGUUGCGGGCCCCAAUGCACAGCACGGGUGGCACGAGCCCGAAGUCAAAGUCUGACUUUAACCAGCCUUGGGACAUGACCAGGAAGAAUAGCAAAGCCAGCAGGGUGGACACUUUUUUCAUUUUAUAAAUUGACUGAUAAGUAGUAACCUUCCUUACAGCCAGAGCAAAAGAUGAUUGCAAGAGGGAACAUUUCUAGGGGUCUGGUCCUGACAGUUAAUUUAUGAAUACAUGGGGGAAUGCAUUAAUGUGUGGCUUUUUGUUUGAUGCCCGCUUGCGACCUUUGAUAAAUCUAGUUCCACCCACAAAACGUGCGCUUACCUUAAGAACGCAGUCCGUGCAGAGUAUGCUGUGUACAAGUUGGAAAGGUUUCCUGACAUGUGCUGUGGUAUAGGCAUACAUUAACUAUAGGCUCCCAUGUUUAAAAAAAAAGUUAAGUAUACUGUGUGCCGGAUAACUUAUGCCGUAGGAUGCCAAAAGGACACUCUUGGCCUAAGUUGCUUAAAUGGAGGCCUAUGGAUACCUUGACAUUUACACAGUGAGCUUUCCUGGCCCAUAUGGCAUAUGCAGUGUGAACGCACCCUUAAGGGAGAAUCAAAACUCCUUUAACCUUAACCAGUUUUCGCACAGUAGAAAAUAUUUCAGGGUAAGAUUACAAUUGUGGGCUCAGGUUGAAUCGUGUGCUGUAUGGAUGGAGACUCUAUACUGCCAUGUACAUGAAGCCUUAUGGCGUCUUUCUCCCAUGGCAGAAUAUGCAACGUGAGACAACGAACGGGUCUAUGAAAAGGAACAGUAAUGUCACUAAUGUUCUAAAAUUGUGCAGAAUAAAAUAUCCCCAACCCCCAUCUUUAAUCACUGCUCAUUAAGGCAAAGUGACAGGUU